CGUGACGUGCUGACGGCGGGCCCGUGCCGGGGAGCUGGGCCGCUUUUUGUCAGCUCCGAGCUCGGCCCCUCCUCCCUCCCUCCGCCCGCCCCACCAGCCGGAGCCCGGCCCAGUGCUCCAGAGAAAGGCCGGCCUGCAGCACCCGCCACCGUCGCCGACCGCCCGCACGCCCGUCCGAAAGAAAACCUCACAGAUUGAAGAGUGCCUCCCUAUCCCAUUCCUGUCUUUUCUUUGCCAGAAAUGACCACUGUCCUAAUAUGAGCUGUGACUGAUGAGAAUUAAAGGCCAUGGAUGAAGAUGGACUUGAAUUACAACCACAAGAGCCAAACUCAUAUUUUGAUGCAACAGGAGCUGAUGCUACACACAUGGAUGGUGAUCAAAUUGUUGUGGAAGUACAAGAAACUGUUUUUGUUUCAGAUGUUGUGGAUUCAGACAUAACUGUGCAUAACUUUGUUCCUGAUGACCCAGACUCAGUUGUAAUCCAAGAUGUUAUCGAGGACGUUGUUAUAGAAGAUGUUCAAUGUCCAGAUAUCAUGGAAGAAGCAGAUGUAUCUGAAACAGUCAUCAUUCCUGAGCAAGUGCUGGACUCAGAUGUAACCGAAGAAGUUUCUUUAGCACAUUGCACAGUCCCAGAUGAUGUUUUAGCUUCUGAUAUUACUUCAGCCUCAAUGUCUAUGCCAGAACACGUCUUGACGAGUGAAUCCAUACAUGUGUCUGAUGUUGGACAUGUUGAACACAUUGUUCAUGAUAGUGUCGUAGAGGCAGAGAUCGUCACUGAUCCUCUGACAGCUGACGUGGUGUCAGAAGAAGUAUUGGUAGCAGAUUGUGCCUCUGAAGCAGUCAUAGAUGCCAAUGGGAUUCCUGUGGACCAGCAAGAUGAUGACAAAAGCAACUGUGAGGACUACCUUAUGAUUUCUUUGGAUGAUGCUGGCAAAAUAGAACACGAUGGUUCCUCUGGGAUGACCAUGGAUGCAGAGUCGGAAAUCGAUCCUUGUAAAGUGGAUGGCACUUGCCCUGAAGUCAUCAAGGUGUACAUUUUUAAAGCUGACCCUGGAGAGGAUGACUUAGGUGGCACUGUAGACAUUGUGGAGAGUGAGCCUGAGAAUGAUCAUGGAGUUGAACUACUUGAUCAAAAUAGCAGUAUUCGUGUGCCAAGGGAAAAGAUGGUUUAUAUGACUGUCAACGACUCUCAGCAAGAAGAUGAAGAUUUAAAUGUUGCAGAAAUUGCAGACGAAGUUUAUAUGGAAGUGAUUGUAGGAGAGGAGGAUGCUGCUGCCGCAGCGGCAGCCGCUGCUGCACAUGAACAGCAAAUCGAUGACAAUGAAAUCAAAACUUUCAUGCCAAUAGCAUGGGCAGCAGCUUACGGUAAUAAUUCUGAUGGAAUUGAAAACCGGAAUGGCACUGCAAGUGCCCUCUUGCACAUAGAUGAGUCUGCUGGGCUUGGCAGACUGGCUAAACAAAAACCAAAGAAAAGGAGAAGACCUGAUUCCAGGCAGUACCAAACAGCAAUAAUUAUUGGCCCUGAUGGACAUCCCUUGACUGUCUAUCCUUGCAUGAUUUGUGGGAAAAAGUUUAAGUCGAGAGGUUUUUUGAAAAGGCACAUGAAAAACCAUCCUGAACACCUUACCAAGAAGAAGUACCGCUGUACUGACUGUGAUUACACUACCAACAAGAAGAUAAGUUUACACAACCACCUGGAGAGCCACAAGCUGACCAGCAAGGCAGAGAAGGCCAUCGAAUGCGACGAAUGUGGGAAGCAUUUCUCUCACGCUGGGGCUUUGUUUACUCACAAAAUGGUGCAUAAGGAAAAAGGAGCCAACAAAAUGCACAAGUGUAAAUUCUGUGAAUAUGAGACAGCUGAACAAGGGUUGUUGAAUCGCCACCUUUUGGCGGUCCACAGCAAGAACUUUCCUCAUAUAUGUGUGGAGUGCGGUAAAGGUUUUCGUCACCCAUCAGAGCUCAAAAAGCACAUGCGAAUCCAUACUGGGGAGAAGCCGUACCAAUGCCAGUACUGCGAAUAUAGGUCUGCAGACUCUUCUAACUUGAAAACGCAUGUAAAAACUAAGCAUAGUAAAGAGAUGCCAUUCAAGUGUGACAUUUGUCUUCUGACUUUCUCAGAUACCAAAGAGGUGCAGCAACAUGCUCUUAUCCACCAAGAAAGCAAAACACACCAGUGUUUGCACUGCGACCACAAGAGUUCGAACUCAAGCGAUUUGAAACGACACAUAAUUUCAGUUCACACAAAGGACUACCCCCAUAAGUGUGAUAUGUGUGAUAAAGGCUUUCACAGGCCUUCAGAACUGAAGAAACAUGUGGCUGCCCACAAGGGUAAAAAAAUGCACCAGUGUAGACAUUGUGACUUUAAGAUUGCAGAUCCAUUCGUUCUAAGUCGCCAUAUUCUCUCAGUUCACACAAAAGAUCUUCCGUUUAGGUGUAAGAGAUGUAGAAAGGGAUUUAGGCAACAGAAUGAGCUUAAAAAGCAUAUGAAGACGCACAGUGGUAGAAAAGUAUAUCAGUGUGAGUACUGUGAGUAUAGCACUACAGAUGCCUCAGGCUUUAAACGGCACGUUAUCUCCAUUCAUACGAAAGACUAUCCCCACCGUUGUGAGUACUGCAAGAAAGGGUUCCGAAGACCUUCAGAAAAGAACCAGCACAUAAUGCGACAUCAUAAAGAAGUUGGCCUGCCCUAACAAUACUUCUACAGACUUUUGUAGAGAUGUUGGCCUUGAAGCAGAAAAUUCAUUUUAAAGCCACAGUCUCGUUCACAUACAAUACUGUAUAUUGAUUUAUGCUGUGUACAAAUAGAAUUAUUGCUUCUAGUUGACUUUUUUUUUUUUUUACCAUUUGUUCAGUAGUGUGUUCUGAAUUCUAUUCAGUUUGUUUAAUAAAUGGGGAAAAGCAGCAGCAAGCAAGUUGCAGCAACAAGCAAGUUGCAGCAACAAGCAAGUUGCAGCAGCAAGCUUUUAAUAAAGUAAUCCCUGAUUCUAUACUGAGUUUUUCUAUCUUAGAAGUUUUAUAUUUAUUUAAAUAUUUACCUUGCUUACCUUGAUGGUACUCUUCUAAGACCAUUUAACUUAAGGUAAUUUUAGAUUGGUAACUCUGAAAGUACUCAUGUUGACUUAUUUUUUUUUCCCAUAAAUUUCUCACAAUAAAAUCGUCAGAGACAUCUACUAAUAUAAAUGGGAGAUUUUAUGGUCAGGUCUAAUUAUCCUAACAUGGGAGUCAUUUACUCAUCUUGUUUUAAUAUUUUCAGACCACAUGACAAUGAAAGUUUCCAUUUGAGCUUUUGUGUCCCUGGCAUCGCUGAGUAAAGAGCAGUGGCUGGGUUUGUGUUUACCUUUCGUUUUGUUCAGACAAAAUAUACUUUUGGGGGUGCUUUCUUUGGAGUAUUUACAUCUUUUGUCAGCAUAGCAAACUUUUAGAAAACUUUAUUGAAAAAUUUUGCUUGAUCCUGUUGUAUUUUGUCUUUGCUGCUUUGUGUUGGAAUGGUUGUGUGCUACAGAUGAGACUUAAUGAGGACUGCAUUUGGAAUCUCCUAGAGGUAAUUCGUGGCUUGUAGGAUCUUUUGCAACUUUAUAUAUGUAAAUGUACCCUGACUUAUGUAUAUGCACAUAUAUAUAACAUGUAUCUGUGUGUAUUGCUUAUUUUACAUAUUUAUACACACAACCCCAAGUAGUAGUUGUUGAAAAUCUAUAAUGAAAAGUAUUAAAUUUACAAUAACAUGAAAGAUGCAGGGAUGCAUGAGAGAGCAUUUGGUAAAUCAUGCUCUUUGGAGAGACUACUCAGGUGAAGAAUUAGAAGGAAAAUAAGGACACUAGUAUUUUUAAAGAGUAAAGGUAUUUUCUUUUAAAUAUCUUUGGUAACUGAAAAAUAGAAGUUAAGAUGUUUCUAGAUAGAAUGUUUUCAUAUAACUUCAGCUCCAUGCCUUUAUAUUUUUCAGAAAAGCUAAUGAGAAUCCAGACAUAACUCCCUCAGUUCUCUCUGAGAAGCCCAUGAAGGGAUUCUGUGUCCCCAAGUGAGGGGACUAAGGAAGUAGUUGCUCCAUGUACCACAGAAUGGGUGCUAAUUACGACUUACACUGGGCAAGUUCAGCCUGCUCUGUUACUUCUUCGUUACAGCUGGCAACCUUUCAAAACCUUAACUCUCAAGCUGGCUUUGAUUAGAAGAUAAAGGUGUGUGUUUUAAGUGCAUGAGGAAAAUCUGAGGCCUUAUUUGGAACGUCACCAAGUCUUUCACAGUUUCGUUUUUCUUUGAAAGUUAACACUUUUUAACAGAGAGUUCUGAAUCAGAGUCAUAAAUUCAUAAAGUGAACUUGGUUAGUUAGAAUUUGGUUAUGUUAAGAUGAAUCUUGGAGAACUGAAAACAGGUUUUGGGAUCCCUUAAAUUGGCUAUCGGCACAUGAGUAUCUGGUACAUCAUGGGAGAUUUUGGAGUUUUCUCCCCACUUGUGCUGCCUUGCCAGUUCAUCAUGGUGUUCCAUCCGCUUUGUGCUAUUAGGUUUUUAGCUUUCAUCUUUCUCUUUGCUGUUGAUAUUUGUAUGCAAGAGUUAUAUUUAUAGGGUGAGAAAUCUAAUAUUUGGUGUGUGGCAAGCCUCUGAAGUGCUAGGUUGAUUUAGUCCAGUUCUGAAUCAAGUGCUUUAGGCUGGUAUAACUCCAUCCUGAAUGCCAGUCAAAGCCAAGGCAUAGGGAAUGCCUGUGCCCUCUUGGCCCCCAUAAUGUGCUUUUUUUUUUUGUAGAGUAACUUAACCAUCGUGUGAUUCAUUGCCCUGCAGUACUAUUGAAAGCUCUGUCUGUUUUUUUGUGAGAACCUUUAAAAUCUCCCUUAAUUUUUAUUUUUCCCAGAAAUAAUGUAAAAGAAAACAAUUAAACGAAAUUGGAAAUUUAUUGAUUUUAAAACAUCCGUAAAAAUUAAUACAGAAAAUAUCAAUUGGUCAUGUAUAUUUUUUUAAAUAAACUGAAAGAUAAAGAACACAACAAUUUACACACUUUAUAUUUCUCUUACAUGGUCUGGAAUCAUACACAGUUCUUUUCUUUAAAGCACAAUAUUGAAACCUUUAAAAGGUAUUUAAGGGUUUGGUCAAGUGAAUAUGGUAAGGUGUAUUUGUCUGUAUAAAGAGAAAAAAAACAGUAGUCAUUGUUAUGAACUGACAUUAGUUACAACCUAGUUUUAAUUCUUAAAACAAUUUUGAUUAGCAAAGCUAAAAAAAAAUGGUUGUUUCAGUUAAAUGUUUUAAAGAGGUACAGAUUUUUACAAGGACAUAAUAUAAGUUAUUGUUCUGUAGAAAUAUCCUUAAAUAUUGUAUGUCCCUCCCUCUGUACACUUUGUAAAAAAGGUAAAAUACAUAAAAAGAAAAUCAUAUAGGGAUGUGUGACAUUAUUGUAAUUGUGUACUUGACAAUAACGUGCAAAAAUAAAAAUCAGAAUAUUUUCCUGUUAAUGUUUAGUCUAUUUGAUACCAGUACUAAGUUAAUGCUUUUUCGUAAGAAAAAAAUAUGUACAGUUUUUGUAAACCUAAUAAACAUCAAAAGCAGUGGAUUAUUUUCAUUUCCCCAUUUCUUAAUUCCUUAUAUGCAGCAGUGGAAUGCGAAAUGCUUGAUCGCUUUGAAUUUUGUGACUUGGAUUUAAAUACUAAUAAUAUUUCAGUGCUGCGAAUUUGCAAGUAACAUUUCAGAGAAGUUAAGAGGUGAUUGGUGAGUCCUUUGAUGAGCAUGUCCUUGAAAUUCAUUUUUUCUUUUAUCUUCAUAAAGGAUUUGUUUUAUUAGCAUCUCUAAUUCCCCUGAGAUAAAUUUUCCCAUGCAUAAAGUGGUUUUUGAGAGCACUUAUUUCAGCAUCAGUCCACAGCCCAGCCCCACAGCAGAAGCCCUGCCCUAGAGUUACCCCUUUGUGCCCAGUUUGGAGGGCUUUAGUAGACGCUAACAUACUAGAGAAUGAUCAUUGUUAUAAUAAAAAUUGGAAGUUAGGUAAAAGUUAUCAGGACUCAGAAGAAAAUAAGGAAAUAGAUUUGAGUCAUCUUUGAUUUUUAAAGAUGAGAUCCUACAGUUAUUUAACUGUUGGAACAAGUGUUUCCCUAAUAGUUGAAACACUAAAUAAUCAAAAUUUGAGGUAAACGAUCAAGAAAACAUGGUGAAUGUCACUGUCCAGAGCCAUAAAGAAGGCAAAACCACACCAUGCUGAAAAACUUAAUUGUAGUAAAACACCUGACAGAUAACAUCUUGCUGGUCUGUGAUGCCAACCAGUCAGAUAGUGUACUGCUCAGUACUCUGGGAAUCUCAGUAUUAACAAUUUCCUUUAUUUCUCACAAAUUCUAGGAUUCAUGGAAGGAAAAGCUUGACCAGUUGAAAUCUUGAAAGGGCGAUAGUUCAGGGCAGUGGUUUUCAAAGCCUGGCAGCAGCGGCAGCAUUAUAAUCACCUGGACUUUGUUAAAGAUGCAAAUUCUCAGCCCCACCUCAGACUCACUGAAUCAGAAACUGGGUGUGGGACCCAGUGAUCUGUGUCUUUACACCUCCUCCAAGUGACUCUGAUGCAUGCUCAAGUUUGGGAAGCGCUGUUUUAGAGCACUUGAGGAACUUAAAAAAUUACUGGUGCAUUCAUUUUGUGUAGUAGACAAGACACACAUACACACACACACACACGCACCCAAACCCCAGAAGGAAGCAGUGAUGGUGAAAUGGGACUCAGUUUAUACCUUCACUUUCAUAUCACUUUAGUCCUUUUGAAAUGUGAGCCUGUCAGCCAAUACAUAUAUCUUUUAGGACACAUGUAAAUAGCCUGUAUGUAUUUCAUAAAUCUUGUAUGACCUCCCCAAAGUUACAUUCCCCAAAGGUAAAUAGAAUUCGGAGGAAGAUUCACCAAGUAAAAAAGGAGGACUGAAAAGUGUGUGUUGAAUUGGCCCAACAUUACUUAAGUAAUUCAUAUCUGAAAAACUAUUUUGCCACAUUCUGCAGCUGUUUAGAUAAGGUCAAAAUUAAGUUUGCCCUUUUGGAUUUUGUUUUAUCUUUUGUGUAUGUAUUGUUUGCCUUUUUCAUAAAACAGUUCUUGGAUUUGUUAUAUAUUGUUCCUGUUAUUUUUGACAUCUUUGCUAUUGUAAAUAAAUUCCUAUUUUGUUUUAAGUUA